AUGAAGUUUAGGGCCACUCACAGGGUUCCUCUCUUCACUCGCUGCACGCGCUUCAGUCAUCUCUCCCAGCGUCGUCUCCACUUCACUAGCUUCCUUCGGAAGAUACAAUCCUCCGAAGCUCGAGCUUCCUCCAAUGGCGGAAGCAGCUCUCACGGUAAAAGUUUCUUUUUGCCUGGUGCGACCGUGGCAACCAUAGUAAUGCUAGGCGCUCUUCAUGCUCGCCGUCUCUAUGAUGAUAACAAGAUUGAAGGAGCAAGAGAGAAAGGAAUUGAGCUGGAAUUCCACCCUGAUGUGAAAGCAUCAUUUAUGGGAAUGCUACCGUUGCGCUCCAUUUCCAGGUUCUGGGGUUUCUUGACUGGUGUGGAAUUUCCAGUUUGGCUGCGUCCAUAUGUAUACAGAGCGUGGGCUCGGGCUUUUCACUCAAACUUAGAAGAAGCAGCUUUACCUUUAGAAGAAUACGCAUCUUUGAGGGAUUUCUUUGUCCGCACUUUGAAAGAGGGUUCCAGGCCUGUUGAUUCGGACCCGUGUUGUCUGGUUAGCCCUGUAGAUGGUACCAUUCUAAGAUUUGGGGAGUUGAAAGAAGCAGGGGGUAUGAUUGAGCAAGUUAAAGGGUUUUCUUACUCCGUUCCUAAACUUCUUGGUGCAACCUCCUUCCUUUCCAUGACUGCUGAAGAUGAUUCUGAACAAAAAAACAGUGAGAAAGAAAGCUCUGACACGGAUGCAAAUAAAAAGUCAUGGUGGAGAGUUUCACUGGCUUCUCCGAAAGUCAGAGAUCCUGCACCAGCAUGCCCAAUGAAGGGUCUCUUUUACUGUGUAAUUUACUUGAAGCCUGGUGAUUAUCAUCGCAUACACUCACCAGCUGAUUGGAAUGUACUCCUUCGUCGACAUUUCUCAGGUCGUCUCUUUCCCGUGAAUGAACGCGCUACAAGAACUAUCAGAAAUCUUUAUGUUGAAAAUGAAAGGGUGGUGUUAGAAGGUCGAUGGCAAGAAGGUUUUAUGGCAAUGGCGGCAAUUGGUGCUACAAAUAUCGGUUCAAUUGAGCUUUUCAUUGAACCAACACUCCGGACAAAUAAGCCCCAGAAGAACAAACUGCAUUUAGAGCCUCCUGAAGAAAGGGUGUAUGAACCUGAUGGCACUGGUAUCAGGAUGAAGAAAGGAGAUGAGCUAGCUGCCUUUAAUAUGGGCUCGACAGUGGUCCUGGUGUUCCAAGCGCCUAUAUCAUCACCAUCUGACUUCAGGUUUUGCAUCAAAAAAGGGGAAAGAAUACGGAUGGGAGAAGCACUAGGAAGGUGGCACGACUCUUAGCAGCCAAUAUCAGAAUAAGCAACUACCAAUUCUUGUGGGAAACAUUAGUUUUAUGUCAGGUUGUGUAACGAACUGAGUUUUUGCAAAGAUACACGGCAGCAAAACGACAUAGAUCAGUUGAUUGGCGGGUUUAAGUCUUUCAUGUAUUGUAGCCGCUUGUCAUCUUCCAACAUGUUCUUUAAACCCAAUAUACUCUUUUCGCUAUAAUGCAAGAAGUAAAUUCAAGAAUUUAAUCAA